AUGUAACUGUCUGGUGGGAGAAGAAACAGACUCACUCAAAACUCCACUACGUUUUCUAUGAGGAUAUGGUUGAGGAUACGGGGAGAGAGCUGGACAGGCUGUGCUCCUUCCUAGGUUUGUCUCCUUCAGCAGAGGAAAAGGAGAGGGUGAGAGGAGGAGUGCAGUUUGAUACUAUGAAGAAGAACAGCAUGGCCAACUAUUCCACCGUUCCAAUCAUGGAUUUCAAGAUCUCGCCAUUCAUGCGAAAAGGAAAGGUUGGUGACUGGAAGAACCAUUUCACUGUAGCCCAGAGUGAACAGUUUGAUGAAGACUAUAAGAAGAAGAUGAAGAACACCACCGUACAGUUCCGCACUGUAGUCAAGUUGGUUGUCUGAUUGUUUGUGGUCAGGUUGAUUGAUUGUUUAUUUGGCGCCCAUAGACCUACGAUAGGCUCGGCUGGGGUGUCAGUCUUCCAUUGGUCCACAGUUAACUGGGUUAUAGUGUUGAAUAUACUGGGUGAGGAUCAUAUCGUAUCAUAUCCUGGAGUGUAAAUGAGAAAGAUCAUAAGGUGGCUUAUAUCAUUUUUUGAGAAUGAUUGAUGCUACUUUGAGAUAUGAGCUAUAGGUUGAGAACUAAAAACAAACGUAAAAUGAGGACAUGCUGCACAGUACAUUCUUAGCAAUGUGAGCUAUUUGUAAAUCCUCUUGCCUGGUCUGUUUUUUAGUGUCUGAGAAAAAAACAGUGAGAGUCGAUACAGUAAUAAAUAUGUAAAUGGAGAAGAGCAUUGUUAAGCAUCAAGCAUUGUUUUAUUCUGUUUCAAAAAUAUACAUACUUUGAAACUGUAACAAUUCCUACUCGUAUACAGUAUACAGUAUGACUAAACGUAAUACAUUGAUGUUCAUGUACUUGUACUUAAAAUAUUAUGAAAUGUCUUUAUGACCCAAAGCGAUUAAAGAGCCAGUAAUUUGCACAUACACACACCCUCCACUUUUCACAGCUGUCUCGGCUGUAUGUUCACUAUGCCUGUGAAAAGUCUGACACUUGCACUGUAAAAAGGGGGGUGGGGCUGUUGUUCAUCUGAAGUGAUUCUACUGUUUGGAAUGAUAGAAAAAUACACUUUGGUUCUUCCAACCUAAUUUAUUCAAUUUGCCUGAUAUCAAAUGAUGUAUUUUUUAUUUAAUGAAAGAUUCUAAAUUGCUUCCAACUGUCACGAUUGUUAGAAUAACUGGACCAAAGCGCAGCGUGAUCUGGGUUCCACAUCUUUUUAUUUCUAAAUAAAACUCACAGAAAAACCAAAACAAUAAAUCUCAAAACGAAACGUGAAGCUAACAAUAAUACUAACAGGCAACUAUCCAUAGGCAAGAUCCCAGAAAGCACAAAGGGGAAAUGGCUGCCUAAAUAUGAUUCUCAAUCAGAGACAACGACAAACAGCUGCCUCUGAUUGGGAACCAUGCCUGGCCAAUAUGGAAACAUAAUCCCCUAGAUGACCCACCCUAGUCAUAUCCCGACCUAACCAACAUAGAAAAUAAAAAGCUCUCUAUGGUCAGGGUGGGCAUCUACCGUCGGGGGCGGUCCCGGUGCGGGGCGAAGCACCCACUCCGCUCGCGGAUACGUUAUCCUUAAUGGCGGCUCUGGUGCGGAGAUCGUCACCGGAGGCUCGUCGCUGGGGACUCCGGACCGUAGAUCGUCACCGGGGACUCCGGACCGUAGAUCGUCGCCGGGGACUCCGGACCAUGGUUCAUCGCCGGGGACUCCGGACUGAGAACCACCGCUGGAGGCUCAGGACCGCAGACUGUCGCGGGAGGCUCUAUACCACAGACUGUUGCUGGAGGCUUUGGACUGCAGACUGUCGCUGGAGGUUCCUGACCGUGGACCGUCUCAGGAGGUUCCGGAUUGUGGACCGUCGUUCGAGGUUCCGGACUGUGGACCGUCGUUGGAGGUUCCGGACUGUGAAACGUCGCCGGAAGCUCUGGACUUGGAACUGUCGCCGGAAGCUCUGGACUGGGAACUGUCGCCGGAAGCUCUGGACUGGGAACUGUCGUCGGAAGCUUGGUGCAUGGGGCCGGCACUGGUGGUACCGGGCUGGUUACACACACCUCAGGAUGAGAGUGAGGAGCAGGCACAGGACGUACUGGACUGUGGAGGUGCACUGGAGGCCUGAUGCGUGGGACCCGGCACUGGUGGUACCGGGCUGGUGACACACACCUCAGGGCGAGUGGGGAGAAGGCACAGGAUGUACUGGACUGUGGAGACGCACUGGAGGCCUGAUGCGUGGGACCGGUACAGGUGGCACCGGGCUGGUGACACGCACCUCAGGGCGAGUGCUGGGAGGAGGUACAGGAUGUACUGGGCUGUAAAGGCGCACUGGGGAUACAGCGCGUAGAGCCGGCGCAGGAUAUCCUGGACCGAGGAGGCGCACUGGAGACCAGGCGCGCUGAGCCGGCACGACCCGUCCUGGACAGAUACCCACUUUAGCACGACAAGUGCGAGGAGCUGGCACAGAACGCACCGAGCUGUGAAUGCGCACUGGAGACACAGUGCGUAUCACCGCAAAACAUGGUGCCUGACAGGUCACACUCUCCCCACGGUGAGUACGGGGAGUUGGCUCUGGUUCACUCCCCUCAACUUUCGCUGCCCACUCCUCGCUCAAUCUGUCCCAAUAUACCUCCUCGGUCUCUGACUCACCCCUCGGCGUCGCCAACCACUCUGUGUGCACCCCCAAAACAUUUUUUCCAGGCUGUCUUUUGUUCUUGCGUCGUGGCCGCGAAUCCUGGCGUCGUCGCUGUUCUUCCCUCGCUGCCUCCGCCUGCUUCCAUGGCAGGCUUCUGUCUUCUGCCAUAAUCUCUUCCCACAUCCAGGAUGUCUUCAACUCCUGGCUUUCCUCCUGGGCACACUGCUUGUUCCGUUGUUGGUGGGAUUUUCUGUCACGAUCGUUAGAAUAACUGGACCAAAGCACAGCGUGAUCUGGGUUCCACAUCUUUUUAUUUCUUAUUGAAACUCACUGAAUAAUGUAGUGGAAAAUCGGAUCAAAUACAACGCAUACCAGAACUUGUGAAAUCAAUCAGGCUUUAAUACAAAAGUAUAACAAGCCGGAGUGCUCCGCGGAACACACACCUUUUCCAGAGCCCUGGCUCCAGUAUUUAUCCACAUAUUGCAUAUGAGCCCAUCCCACAUGUAAAUGACGUUACAUUCCAAUCCGUGCAUCCUGCUUGUUCAGCUCAAUAACGCUCAUACCUGCUUUCCGUCAGAUUAUAAUGAUGACAAGACCCUUGCUUUGUUCCUGCACUUAGCUAAAUGCAUUCUUUUGUUUGUGUAUUAUCUAGGAUCAGCAAACUAUGUGUCUCCUCAGUUUCUAGCGUGUCCAGCUAUACUAAAAAUACUAUACAUUCCUCUAUUUUACAGCCCUAUGCUUUGGCUCUGCACUUAGCUCAAUAUGUUACUAUGUAUAUGUGUCUUUAUCUCAGAGCAACAGACUAUGUGUCUUCUCUGUCAUUCCUUCUGCAUCUCUACGACCUAAAAAUAUGCGAACUAUGUCUAUUGGUCAUCAGUUAGUCAUUUGACUGACCCCCUCCUUUGUAUAUCCCUCUGGCCUUGGUAUGUCCAGCUAUCCUAGCACCUGUGUCACCUUCCCUUCAUGUAGUCUGUUUUUAGUGUUCAGCUAUUCUAUACAUCUUAUGCAUUUGUCUAUGUGUUAUAUUUGCUCCCACAAUAAUCAAACAAUAAAUCUCAAAACGAAACAUGAAGCUACCAAUAGUACUAACAAGCAACUAUCCAUAGACAAGAUCCCACAAAGCACAAAGGGGAAAUGGCUGCCUAAAUAUGAUCCCCAAUCAGAGACGACGACAAACAGCUGCCUCUGAUUGGUAACCAUACAUGGCCAACAUAGAAACAUAAUCCCCAUGAUGACCCACCCUAGUCACACCCCGACCUAACCAAUCAUAGAGAAUAAAAUGCUAUCUAUGGUUAGGGCAUGACACCAACAACUCAUUCGCAUGCACAUUGAAUAGCGGCAGGGGCAAUGUAGUGGUGACAGCUUAUCAGAAGAGUUGGAGGUGUGGCUAAUGGGGGCUUUUUUUCACACGUGAGAGUGAAUGUCAUUCCAGUUAAUGUGGUCUAUUGUAUUUGAUAUUAAAUGUUAAACUUCUACACUGCCAGCAUCUGUAAUGAUACUUAAAUAAAUGCAUGUGGUGCCUGAUGAGGCUUUAUGUUGAGGUAGCCAAUGCUUGGUUAUUAUCUCCUCAACUACUGUAUGAGCAUUCACCUGUGACAUCUGACCUCCUCACCAGACCUCCUUACCAAGUAACAUUACAGAGUAUCUUUUUGUAUUGAUUGUUGGUGUCAAACAAGCAACCUGGCGAUAAAGAAGGUUGAUGCAGUAGGUGAAAGAUGUGUACAAGCUUCACACAGUGCCCAGAAACACACUAUGCAGCCUAGUCUCUGGUCAGGAAAGAAUUAGACACACAUACACUGUUGAAAGUGAUUUAGACAGUGUGUUGAGGACAAUGCAGGAGGUUUAAGGGCACAGAAAAGACAAAGACACUAUCUACGCAAGGACACUGCCCAUUCAGUAGCCUAUCAGGUGUGUGUGUGUGUGUGUGUGCUUUGAUGGAAGGGGGGGAUUGAAUAUGUUUGGGGUCAGGUCAGGUUUGUAAAGGCAUCCACAAACAUAGGUUUGGUCUGUUCCUAGCAGAACUCAGCGAGGCGAAGCAAGCCUCGCAUUCUCCCUUAAAACCUGUUAGGGAUGAUGUGAAUUUUCGCAGGUUUUUGUAAAAAAUCGCGCAACAUUUCAAAGUCCUGCUACUCAUGCCAGGAAUAUAGUAUAUGCAUAUGAUAAGUAUGUGUGUAUAGAAAACACUCUGAAGUCUCUAAAACUGGUUAAAUCAUGUCUGUGGCUAUAACAGAACGUGUUUAGGAGUAAAAAUCCCAGGGAAAACUGUUCACCAAAAACACACAAAAAAUAUUCAUCCGCCAAUCUAUGUAUUGUCUAAGGCGAUAGAAAAUAGAUGAGGUCCCGUUUACAAUGCCUACAGCUUCCACAUGAUGUCGCCAGUACUGGCAUUUCAUUGCAUGUUUAUCCUUGGUGGGAUGACGUAUAGGCACUUCCUGUCUUGGGGUGCACCGAGGAAGUUAUGAAAGUGAAAAAAUGGACGAUGAUUUCAAGACUUGCUGCUAUCGAAUACAGAUCGCCCCGUGAUCAAUUUGAUCGAUUAUUAACGUUUAUUAAUACCUAAAGUUGGUUUACAAAAGUAGUUUGAAGUGAUUUGUAAAAGUUUAUAGGCAACUUUUUUAAUUUUAAAAAGUGACGUUGCGUCUUGUAAAGGUGAAUUUUCCUGGAUCAGACGGCCUUCAUAAAUGGACAUUUUGGGUAUACAAUGACGGAUUUAAUCGGGAAAAAGACCCAAUUGUGAUGUUUAUGGGACAUAUAGGAGUGCCAACAAAGAAGCUCGUCAAAGGUAAUGAAUGUUUUAUAUUUUAUUUCUGCGUUUUGUGUAGCGCCGGCUACUGCUAAAUCUUUUGUUUAGGUCUCGUUCAGGUAUUUCGGGGGGUGCAUGCUAUCAGAUAAUAGCUUCUCAUGCUUUCGCCGAAAAGCAUUUUACAAAUCUGACAUGUUGGCUAGAUUCACAACGAGUGUAGCUUUAAUUGAGUACCUUGCAUGUGUGUUUUAAUGAAAGUUUGAGUUUUAUCGAGUACUACAGGUGGCGCUCUGAAAUUUCCGCUGAUUUUGGUUCCUGUACAGGGACCAAAUUCCGCAUGAUCCCUAACAGGUUUUAACAAAGCCAUUCGCUUGAAAAACAAGAAACAAGCAGCAAUUCUACUGUUUGUCCUCUUGAGAUGGUGUUGUGGGAAAUACUGAAUCAAAUACUUAUCAGAUACCGGAGCUUGUGAAUUCAAAUAGACUUUAUUACAGAGAGUAACAAAGCCAAGCAAUUCCAUGAAAGAACUGACUCUUCAUUCUUAGUGAUGGUUUUUAUACAGUUUUACCCUUACAUAACAUCAUCACUCCACUUUGUGAAUCUUGUUGUCUUACUUAGUUUCCAUUCUCUUAUUGGCUCAGACAUUGAGGCAUAGAUUCUAUUGGUGGCGUGACAUGCAUAUUCCUACUGGUGCCUAUCACUGAUUAGCUAAUGUUCCUGUCAAAGGUCUUCACAAGUUCAGGCCGAUGUUGUCUAUGUAUGAUUAACCCAUGUGCAUGUCCAAUAGGCUUCACAAGAUGGCCCAUGGCCCAGACCAGGCACAUCUUGUUAAUCUACCAUGCCUCAUCCACACAGAUUCUGCUUGCGUUCAGUUUUUUACAUGUUUAAUGUUUAACUCGAUGUUGUUGCAGCUUUGUACACUCACAUGGGCUUCAGCCUUCAUUCUGCUUACACAUGUCUAAUAUGUCAAUUUAUAUCAAUUUUUCUUUCUAAUUCAAAGAGAACAGUAUAGUUACCAAGAAUCACCAGAUGGCAUACAAAAAACACAGCCAGCACACUUCCUCAAAUAGUCUGAAUUAAUCUAAGAUAAUUCAAUAAUUCUUACGUUUUUGCCGAGGAGGUCUUGGUUGAGGAAUUUUACAUCUAACUAAGAUGUUUGGUGCAGUAUAUUUCAAGUGAAAAAAAUAGCUUGAAAACUAGCCGUCUGUCAUUGAAUGACAACAAACACUUAAUUGAAGAAUCCCUACUGUUGACCAAUCACAGAAAUUCGACUUACCUCAAGAAUGUGUGCUUCAACAGCCCACAAAGAAAAUGUUGAAUACCAAAACGAACAAAAAUUACACAAAAUGUUGUCAUAAUAUUUCCCUCAAGGGAAAAGAAAAUGAUGGAAGAGAGAAUGGGGAGGAGACAGGAAAGGAGGAACACAGAGAAUAAAUUAGGAAUCAUUUUGUAAGCUGUGCAUUCACCCUGAGGUAUCUUACUCAGAAAGAGCAGGGUAAGUCAGUUAUUUUGGUAUGUUGGAAUUGCUAUCAUGUGUAUGGUUUUACUGUCACCAUUUGAGAAACAUUAAGACUUAGGCUUUGUUAAAAGGAUCCGACCCUUUCUUUAAUGUUUCGCCUAAAAUGACAUACCCAAAUGAAACUGCCUGUAGCUCAGGACCUGAAGCAAGAAUAUGCAUAUUCUUGAUACCAUUUGAAAGGAAACACUUUGAGGCUUGUGAGAAUGUGAAAUUAAUGUAGGAGAAAGUAACACAUUAGAUCUGGAAAAAGAUUAUACAAAGACAUUUUUUUUAAACUUUUUUUUUCUGUAACAUCAUCUUUGAAAUGCACGAUAAAGGCCAUAAUGUAUUAUCCCAGAUUAGGCACAAUUUAUAUUUUGUCCACUACAUGGCAGCAGUAUAUGUGCAAAAUUUUAGACUGAUCCAAUGAACUGUUGCACAUCUGUUCUAAAUGUUGUAUCAACACUGACCAAGUGUGCCCAAUUUGUUUAUUAAUACAUUGUCAAGUUCAUAAUUGUGCACUCUACUCAAACAAUAGCAUGGUAUUCUUUCACUGUAAUAGCUACUGUAAAUUGGACAGUGCAGUUAGAUUAACAAGAAUGUAAGCUUUCUGCCCAUAUCAGAUAUGCCUAUGUCCUGGGAUUUUAUUUGUUACUGAUAAGGUAAUUUAUUUUGAAGGUAAUGACUAAAGAAUUCCACCCUGAAACAUAAUGAUUAGAUUAUGUAACAUAUAUAAUGAAUAAUUAGACAAACGUAACUAUUAGUAAUUAUUUGAUUAUGUAACAUGUAUAAUGAAUUAGAAUGAUAAACUUCAGUCUAAUAAGGUUUGGUCGAGACAAGUAGAAAUGUGGGUGUGUGACUAAGAAAAUACAGAGAACAUUUAAACUGUGCAUGACCUGACCUAGAUCUCUGAGAAUCUUAUGGCAGGAAAGUGAGUCCCGUCAAGGUCCCUCUAAUCUCGGGAGGAUGGAACUGCCAGCUUGGUAGUGAUAAACGAGUGGUGAGAACUAUGGGGAAAGAUACAUCCCACCUACUGUUUGUGUGUCUGUAUGUGCGUGUAUGUGCGUGUAGUAGGUAGGGAGGGCAUGUCUUUGUAUUAUGGACUUUAGAAUGUUCUUGUGAAUAAAGAGCCAACCUUUUGCAUAAACUGAGUCUUUUCCUAAUUAUUAUUAAACCCAGGGUCUUACAAACCUCGGGGAUCGGUCAAAGCAUAAGUAAUUGUUAGUUAUCAUCAUUGGGAUUGAAAAUUCUCGUGACAGCUUUGUCCUUUGAGCCGGAUCUCAAUAUCUGCUUCUGUCGUUCCAUAGAGACAUCGAAAACCGUGCACGGGCGGAUUAAAUAUCCGUAGAAUAAAGACCUGUCCCCAUUCGGAGGGUUCUGUACAGGCCGGUAGCAAACUGGUAUGUGACAGAAACGGUGACGAGAUCCAACCAACAUUGAAACCUCAGCUGCAAUUAAUAAGAUGGAGCUGCCACCUCGACCAAAACUCUUUGAUUUCCAUGGAGUCUCCAUGACCAACUACUUCACUGGCAACUGGGACAAUGUACAGAACUUCCAGGCCAGACCAGAUGACAUUCUCAUCGCUACCUACCCCAAAGCAGGAACCACAUGGGUCUCCUACAUUCUAGACCUGCUGUAUUUUGGCCAGACAGCCCCUGAGCGUCAAAGACCCAUCUUUGAGAAAGUUCCUUUUCUGGAGUUGCUCAUCCCUCUUUACCCUCCAGGGGUGGAGGUGCUGGACAAAUUAACCACCUCUCCUCGCCUCAUCAAGAGUCACCUCCCAAUCCAGUUGCUGCCCAAGUCCUUCUGGGAGCAGAACUGCAGGAUAGUGUAUGUGGCCCGUAAUGCCAAGGACAGUGCUGUGUCUUAUUUCCACUUUGACCGCAUGAACAGGACACAGCCAGAGCCAGGAGUCUGGAACAACUUCUUACAGAGAUUCAUGGAUGGAAAGAUGGUGUUUGGUUCGUGGUACGACCAUGUGACUGGCUGGUGGGAGAAGAAACAGACUCACUCAAAAAUCCUCUACCUCUUCUAUGAGGACAUGGUUGAGGAUACGGGGAGAGAGCUGGACAGGCUGUGCUCCUACCUAGGUUUGUCUCCUUCAGCAGAGGAGAAGGAGAAGGUGAGAGGAGGAGUGCAGUUUGAUAAUAUGAAGAAGAACAGCAUGGCCAACUAUUCCACCCUCCCAAUCAUGGAUUUCAAUAUCUCUCCAUUCAUGCGAAAAGGAAAGGUUGGUGACUGGAAGAACCAUUUCACUGUGGCCCAGAAUGAACAGUUUGAUGAAGACUAUAAGAAGAUGAAGAACACCACCGUACAGUUCCGCACUGUAGUCUAGGAGUUGUGGUCAAGUUGAUCGUCUGAUUGUUUGCAGUCAGGUUGAUUGAUUGUUUAUUUGGCACAUAUGGACCUACGAUAGGCUCGGCUGGGAGAAUAGAAUGGAGAAUAGCAUUAUUAAGCAUCAAGCAUCGUUUUAUGCUGUUUCAAAAAUAUACAUACUUUGAAACUGUAACAAUUCCUAUUUGUAUACUGUAUACAGUAUGACUAAACGUAAUACAUUGAUGUUUGUUUGAUUGUAUUUAUUUUUACAGGGACAGUGCACAUUAAUCAACGUUUGAGUAAAAGUUCUGGUUUUAGCCAGCCGGCUAAUUUUCAACCGCAGUCCCUGGGCAGGUUAUUAAACACAGUUACAAUACAUACAAUCAAUGAGCAGUGAGCACAUAGGACAAGCAAGACGUAGCAUAAAAAGCAAUAAGACAAAAUCCAUAAACGCAACAAAGUGUUUCCACACCUCACAAGCUACAGACAACAGCCAAAAUGGAAAGCGGCAAUACACAGCUUGUCACGGCCGUCGUUAAAGAAAGACAAAUGUGCAGCGUGGUGAGCAUACAUUUUCUUUUUCUUUUGUAAAAUGUCAUCAACAAAACAAGAAAUAACAAAAAAAAAACAACCAUGAAGCUUACAA